UUUCCACUUCGAAAUACACAAAUUCUCAGCUAACAACCAUAAACAAUGGCUGAAUUGAUUGUUCCAAAGAUAAUUGAUCAAUUAAGUGAUGCUCUCAUGAAGCAGCUUGGGGAGAAGGUCAACCUGGUGAUGGGAGUUGAAGAGGAGGUUGCAAAUAUCUCCUCUAAGUUGGCAACCAUUGAAAAAGUGCUGCAUGAUGCAGAGAGACGAAGGCUGAAGGACAGAAGUGUUGGAAUUUGGCUAGAAAUGCUUGAGGACAUAACAUAUGAGAUGGAUGAUGUGCUGGACGAAUGGAACUUCAAGAUUCACAGAGCAAAGAAUGCCAGAACGCAGCCUACACUGCGGAACAAGGUUCGUUCCUUUAUCCCAUCCCUUUGUUCUUGUCUCAAACAACUUCUUGUGCGUAGUGAUAUAGCUCAAAAAAUAAAGAAAAUAAAUGAACAGCUAGAAUUAACUUUGAAAGAGGCAGAUCAAUUCAAGUUUAUUACAAGUGGGGGUAUUCCUAAUUCUCAUGAUUUUCAACGAAUUAUGACUACCUCAAUCAUAGACGAAUCAGAGGUCUAUGGUCGAGAAUCUGAUAUGGAGAAGGUUCUUGACCAAAUAUUGUCUGAGAGUAGUAGUCAAGGAAGAGAUGGGGUUCAAAUUAUCUCUGUAGUAGGGGCCGGGGGUAGUGGAAAGACCACACUUGCCCAGCUGCUCUUCAAUAAUGAUAAAGUGCAGAACCACUUUGAACUUAGAAAUUGGAUCUGCGUAUCAGAUCCUUUCGACCAGAAUAGGGUCGCGAAAGCUAUCCUUGAGAAUGCUGGAAAAAGUCCUCCUGGUUUGUUAGAGUUGGAACCACUGCUCCAACUGUUGAAAGAAACAUUUUCCGGCAAGAGAUUCCUGCUUGUCCUAGAUGAUGUCUGGACAGAGGACGACUCAAAGUGGAAGCCUUUCCAAUACUCUCUCAAGGAUGGAGCUCCGGGAAGUGUAAUCUUGGUAACAACGAGGAGUCAAAGAGUGGCCAGAGUGAUGGGAUCUACUGAUACUCACCACCUGAGCCUGAUCUCUGACUCCGAUUGUUGGCUAAUAAUGCAAAGGAUAGCAUUUGGUGGAAAAUCAGGGGACUUAUGCAAGAAGGUGGAAAGAAUUGGGCAGAAAAUUGCAGAAAAGUGCAAGGGGUUGCCACUUGCUGCGAAGACUAUGGGAAGCUUGUUACGGUUCAAAGAUACCGUACAACAAUGGCAGAAUGUUUUGGACAGUGAGAUAUGGCAAUUGGAGAAAGCAGCCGUGGAACUUUUCCCUCAUUUGUAUUUAAGCUAUAACGAGUUGUCCCCGGAGCUGAAACGUUGCUUCUCAUAUUGUGCUGUCUUUCCCAAGGAUCAUGUGAUAUAUGUAGAAAGAGAGCUUAUUAGGCUGUGGAUAGCACAAGGUUAUGUUCGCCCAAGACGGAGAGGUGAGAGCUUGGAGCUGGUGGGCCUUGAGUACUUCAACAAUUUGGCAAUGGGUUCCUUUUUUCAAGAAAUAGAAAAGGUUGAGGCUUACUAUGGGUUAACUGAAUAUAUGGUGUGCAAGAUGCAUGACAUAGUGCAUGAUUUUGCACAAUUUCUCACAAAAAAAUGAAUGUCAUGCACUUGAUGGAACUGGAAGAAAUUCAUCUAGUGAAAGACCACGUCAUCUAACAAUUUUGGAAGAAGGCACUGAGGAGCAGAUGUUUAGUUCUCGAGUCGUUGAUUUUGGACGGCUCAGGAGCUUUUUAACUUUUUUUAAAAUUGGAAGAGUAGUAGUUCCCCAAAAUCUAUUCUGCCAUUUGAAGUGCGUGAGGACUCUGACUUUAAGAAGUUGUGGGCUAGAUGAAAUCCCAGCCGAGAUCGGAAGGUUGCUUCAUCUACGACACUUGAACUUGAGUGGUAAUCCUUUCAUUACACUGCCAGAAGCUAUAUGUGAUCUCUAUUAUCUGGAAACUCUGAAUAUCAUUUUUUGUGAUAAGCUUUCGUGCCUUCCUGAAAGGAUUGAAGGUCUUGUACACUUGAGGCACCUUUUCAAUGAGAACACCGAUGAUUUGCGUCAAAUUCCACAAGGACUCGGGAAGCUGACGUCACUUUGUACUUUGGGUGGGUUCAUCGCCAGGAGCAACUCUGAUGAUUUGGCAAUUCUGAAGGACCUGAACCAACUGGAAAGAUUGGUCAUUGAAAUCGAAGGAGAAGUAGAUUUUGGGAGUGCAAAACUUGGCAAGAAAAUCAACAUGCGUGAAAUGUUUUUGUUCUUUAGCGAUGGGACCCACUUUAUAGAAACUCCAAGUUGCAUUGAAAGCAUGGAACCACCUCCAAACUUGGAACAACUUGCGCUAGUUGGCUAUCCAGGAGCCAAGUUACCAAGUUGGCUUGUGGCGAAAUCUCACGCUAGUAACUUGACGAAGCUAGUUUUUGCUAGCCCCCACAACAUCUCAUCCUUGCUUGCCUUGCGAAAGCUAUCAUCCCUAGAAGAGCUCAAGCUCAUGGAAGUGGAAGAGCUAGAAUGUUUGGGUAAGGAAUUCUUCGGAGUUACAAAAGCACUACAUGAGAAUAGUCGUGAUGCUCUUGAUACAUUGUCAAACUCCGAGUCAUCAUCCUCAGCUGAAGCAGUGGCAUUUCCGAAUUUGAGAAAAUUACAUUUUGAGGACUGCAACAAUUGGACAAAUUGGGAAGACUUAAGUGAAGAUGAUGAAGAAGUUGCGGUCUCUAUCAUGCCACGCCUGGAGGAGCUAAAAAUUCAAUACUGUCAUGAGCUCGAAACUCUGCCACAUCGCAUCUUCAGAAAGAUAUCAUCUCUCAAAAUUUUGGAUAUUCGACAUUGCAACAAGUUGAGGGAUCGUUACUCUGACAAAACAGGAGAUGACUGGAAAAAGAUAUCACACAUUCCUCAAGUUCACAUAUUUUGAUGAAUAAUAAUCUGCUCAGAUAAUGCUCAUUGAUGGCUCAAAGUGAAGCUACAGUAGAAGGCAUUGAUGGAUCAACCUCUACGUCAACUUUUUACUUGGGUUCGUGUAAAAUUUCAAAUAAUUGUAAAUAUGGUUGAAGAGCCCUAGCCUAAUGGCUUUCAUAAUUGAAAUCACUAUCUCUCAAGUAGACAUUACCUGAUCAAAAAUUCCAUCUCUGGAGACUGCAUCCCAUGGACAGAAUUGUCUGUAUUUGAAACACAAAAAUGAAGUUAUAAGUGUGCACACAACAACGCAAGUUGAUGAUUCCUAAACGCCUCAAGCACCAGUUAUGAGGCAGUUGAUACCAGACCGAGACGCAGCUCUCUUUCUCACGUACAAGGUCAAUUGCAACAGAGCAUACGUUCUCAUAUGCCUCAGUACCAAGCUUUUGUCUGAAUGAUGAAAGAUUAGCCAACGGCCAGCAUGGCAAUUUUUCUCCCUCAUGUGUAA